AUGAUCAGCCUUUUCCUGUUUUCUUUUUUCUUUCUUUUUCUUUCUUUUUUUUUCUUUUUCUUUCUUUCUUUUUUCUUUCUUUCUUUUUUCUUUCUUUCUUUCUUUCUUUUUUUUCUUUCUUUCUUUCUUUUUUUCCACCAGUCCAUGGCUGAUCUGGUUCCAAUAUCAUGUAAAAUUAUUUUAUCUUUCUUUUUUUCUUUUUUUCUUUCUUUUCUUCUCUCUUUUUUUUCACUUUUCUCUUUUUCUUUUCUUUUUCACCUUCUUUUUUCUUUUCUUUUUCACUUUCUUUUUUCUUUUCUUUUUCACUUUUCUCUUUUUCUUUUCUUUUUCACUUUUCUCUUUUUUCUUUUCUUUUUCACUUUUCUCUUUUUUCUUUUCUUUUUUCUUUCUUUUUCACUUUUUUCUUUCUUUUUCACUUUUUCUUUCUUUUUCACUUUUCUUUUUUUCUUUCUUUUUCACUUUCUUUUUCUUUCUUUUCUUUUUUCUUUCUUUUUUUUCUUUUUUUUUUUCUUUUUUUUUUUCUUUCUUUUCUUUUUCUUUUUCUUUCUUUUUCUUUUUUUUUUUUCUUUUCACUUUCUUUUUCACUUUUCCAUUUUUCUUUUUCUUUUUUUUCUUUCUUUGACUUUUUUCUUUUUCCCCAUUUUGUUUGUGAAGGUGAGUUUCACUGGUGUCGAUGCUGCUUAUGAGCCUCCAAGUACACCUGAUGUUGUAUUAAAAGCUGGGGAAACCACAGUUGAUGAAUGUGUUCAUGAAAUUCUACGUGUUCUAAUCGAGAAGGAGGUUUUGCCUUCCACGAUCAUUAGUACCGUGAAGGAAUUAUUUGUCCCCAAAGAUGAACUGGAAGCAGUCAAAGAAGAAGCUGGAAAAUUACCUUCUCUCAACAUUACCAAGCUUGAUCUCCAGUGGGUCCAAGUGCUAAGUGAAGGAUGGGCAAGUCCCCUCCGUGGUUUCAUGAGAGAAAAGGAAUAUCUUCAAAACUUUUCUUUUCUAUGGCCUAUCUCUGUUGGCGGAAAUUGUAUCAUUUUAUUAAAAUUCAAUCCCGAAACAAAUUAUUACUUUUUUUCCAUUCAUUUACUUAUUUUAUUGGUUGUUUCCCAAUUAACAGGCUCAUCUGCUGCUCAAAAAACGUCUCAGGGUUUGCAAGUUAAUGUAAUCAACCAGUCAGUUCCGAUAGUGUUACCUGUGCACACAGAAGACAAAGAGAGGUUGGCAGGUCAUGAUGCCUUUGUGUUAUGUUAUGAAGGACAGAAUGUUGCCAUUCUUAGACAACCAGAAUUUUAUAACCACAACAAAGAGGAAAGAUGUUGCCGUCAAUUUGGUACAUCCAAUAAAGGCCACCCUUACAUCAAGAUGAUCUACGAAAGUGGCGAUUGGCUGGUGGGUGGAGAUUUGGAGGUGUUUGAGCGAAUUUGCUGGAAUGAUGGGCUUGAUGAAUACCGUCUCACCCCCAAAGAAUUACGAGAGAGAUUUAAAAAACUUAAGGCUGAUGCUGUAUUUGCAUUCCAGUUAAGGAACCCAAUUCAUAAUGGUCAUGCACUUUUAAUGGCUGACACAAGACGUAAAUUGGAAGAAAGAGGUUAUCGAAACCCUGUUCUGCUUUUGCAUCCUCUUGGUGGUUGGACCAAAGAUGAUGAUGUUCCACUUCCAGUUCGCAUCAAGCAGCAUAAAGCUAUCCUUCAAGCUAAAGUUCUGGAUCCUGAAUCCACAGUUCUUGCUAUUUUCCCUUCUCCAAUGAUGUAUGCAGGACCAACAGAAGUUCAAUGGCAUGCCAAGGCUAGAAUGGCAACAGGGACCAAUUUUUAUAUUGUGGGUAGAGACCCAGCUGGUAUGCCCCACCCAGAUACGAAAAAGGAUCUUUAUAAUCCUACUCAUGGGGCAAAGGUGCUAACUUCGGCUCCUGGUCUUAACCAAUUAGAAAUUGUUCCUUUCCGAGUUGCUGCUUACAACACCAAACGCAAAUGCAUGGACUUCUUUGAUCCAGAGAACAGAGAAGACUAUGACUUCAUCUCUGGAACACGGAUGCGCAAACUUGCUCGGGAAGGUGAAACACCUCCAGAUGGAUUCAUGGCACCAGAAGCCUGGGAAAUCCUUUCAGAAUACUUCAAGUCUAUUAGAAACUAG